AGCGGAAGCUCCAAUUUCGUAUCAGUUUUUCCCCCUCCCUCAGAGUUGUGGGGGGAAGAUGUUGACGUGAUUAUUCGUGAUUUUGUCGUCGGCGAGCUUCGAAUUCGUUCACGCUUUGGAAAAUGACGGGUUCGAUGGUGGAUCGAGCGACGACAGAUCUCUUGAUCGGUGCCGAUUGGGCGAUGAACCUAGAGAUCUGCGAGACUCUCAAUCGCGAUCCUGGGCUAGCUAAGGAUGUUGUUAAAGCCCUUAAAAAGCGUAUCAGAAGUAGGAAUCCGAAGGUUCAGAUUCUUGCGCUAACACUGCUGGAGACAAUAAUAAAAAAUUGUGGGGACAUAGUUCAUAUGCAUGUAGCAGAAAGGGACAUUCCACAUGCAAUGGCGAAAAUAGUGAAAGAGAAAAAGAAACCUGAUUUCAAUGUCAAAGAGAAGAUCCUGGUUUUGAUAGACACCUGGCAGGAAGCAUUUGGUGGUCCACAAGCAAGAUAUCCACAAUAUUAUGCAGCAUAUCACGAGUUAUUGCGUGCUGGAGCUGUUUUCCCAAAGAAGCGCGAAGGAAUUGCGCCUAUAUUUACUCCUGGGCAGAAAAAUUCUCUUCCAUGCCAUCCUCGAUGCACCCAAAAUUCUGAUUAUCAACAGGAAGCACUUACCAAAUCUGCUGUUUCUAAUUUUCCUAUUUUAAGCCUUAAAGAAAUUCAGAAUGCUCGAGUUAUCACAGAUGUUCUUUCCGAAGUGCUCAAUACUUUAGAUCCUGGGAGCAAUGAGGAAGUCAGGCAGGAAGUCAUUCAUGACCUUGCUUACCAGUGUCGAUCAUACAAGGAGAGAUUGAUACAUCUUGUGAGCACAUCUUCGGAUGAAGAUCUACUUUACCAAGGACUUGCACUAAAUGAUGAAUUGGAGUGUGUUCUAGCCAAACAUGAUGCUCUUGCUGUAGGUAUUCCUGAUCCCGUGGAGAAGCCAUGGUCUCUUCAGCCACUGGUAGACAUUGAUGAUCCUGUGAUUACUAAUUCUGAUGGUAACAUUGAACCUGAUGAAAGGUUGCAGUCAAGUGCAAGCACAAGCAAUCAGCUUCCACUUGAGCAGCUGCUUAGUGGCGUUGACCUUCUUAGCGGUGACUUUGACAAUCCUGCUGCUGAAAAUGCACUAGCCCUUGUUCCUGUUGGUGAACCACUCGCUGACUCCGUGACUGAGCAGAAUGCACUAGUUCUUUCAGAUGUGUUCUCUCAAAGCGUUAAUAACAAUGGCAAUGAUACUCCAACUUCACUUAGUUCUUAUUCAGAAACUCCAUCAUCACAGGCCUAUACUUCUCCCCAGCUCACCCUUUACUCCAAUGGUAGCAUUCCAAACUCAGGGGCUCCUAAUUUUCAGCAGUUAGCUUAUGGAGGAGUUCCUCAAAAUGAUGCAAACUUUGCAUGGAAUGGUCAAGUUACUCAGGGCAUGACUAAGCGACCAAUUGGUGUAAAUGAUCAAGGUCUUCCACUACCACCAUGGGAAGCUCAACAAGCCGAGAGUAGUGACUGUGGCAACCCCGAAACUCAAACAAUGCAGAAUGGACUUCAGGCAGGAGCUAUGCAUCCUCAGCUACUGCAGAAUAUGCAUCUUGGAUCCCCUCACCCUGAAUUGGUGCAAAGCAACCAGCAACCAGGGAUAUAUCCAACUUAUUUGAGUCAAAGCGACAUUUCUCAGAGAAUGUAUAAGCUCUAUGUGCAAGAUAACAGCAGCUAUUACACAAAUACAGGGAGUACUUACCAAAUAUCAGCCCCUCAUGUGCAACAGUUCAAUAAGCUGGCCAAGCCUGAAGAUAAGUUGUUUGGGGAUCUUGUUAGUAUGGCGAAAUCAAAACAAAGUAAAACUACCGCCAGUAGUGACGGGAACUUGUAGAAUGAGCGGCUUGUUGUUUAGUUGGUUUUUUAAUUAAUUGAUUCAAUUAUUGUAUUUAUUAUUGUUUUAUUUUUUAUACAUAUGUAUAAUUUUUUUUUUCACUUGUAAUUUUGACUUUGGUAUGCAAAUUAUGAAGAUUCAACUUGAUGAUCCAAA